AUUAGCCGUCGCUCCGCUUCGCCAUCUCGGGCUUUGUCUGGCGACUUGCUGCCCCGGCGUCGGCUGCAGCAGAGCUGCGGCUCGACUAUUCGGCCCGCCGCGCCCCCAGGUGCCCCCGGCCCGCGCUCCCAUCCACACGCUCGGGUGAGGUGGUUUUGACCCCGGGUUGCCCGGCCAGCACGACCAAGGAGGUGGCUGGACAGCUGGAGGAUGAACGGAGAAGCCGACUGCCCCACAGACCUGGAAAUGGCCGCCCCCAAAGGCCAAGACCGCUGGUCCCAGGAAGACAUGCUGACUUUGCUGGAAUGCAUGAAGAACAAUCUUCCAUCCAAUGACAGCUCCAAGUUCAAAACCACUGAAUCACAUAUGGACUGGGAAAAAGUAGCAUUUAAGGACUUUUCUGGAGACAUGUGCAAGCUCAAAUGGGUGGAGAUUUCUAACGAGGUGAGGAAGUUCCGUACAUUGACAGAAUUGAUCCUUGAUGCUCAGGAACAUGUGAAAAAUCCUUACAAAGGCAAAAAACUCAAGAAACACCCAGACUUCCCAAAGAAGCCCCUGACCCCUUAUUUCCGCUUCUUCAUGGAGAAGCGGGCCAAGUAUGCGAAACUCCACCCUGAGAUGAGCAACCUGGACCUAACCAAGAUUCUGUCCAAGAAAUACAAGGAGCUUCCGGAGAAGAAGAAGAUGAAAUAUAUUCAGGACUUCCAGAGGGAGAAACAGGAGUUCGAGCGAAACCUGGCCCGAUUCAGGGAGGAUCACCCUGACCUAAUCCAGAAUGCCAAGAAAUCGGACAUCCCAGAGAAGCCCAAAACCCCCCAGCAGCUGUGGUACACCCACGAGAAGAAAGUGUAUCUCAAAGUGCGGCCAGAUGAGAUCAUGAGAGACUAUAUCCAGAAGCACCCCGAGCUGAACAUCAGUGAGGAGGGUAUCACCAAGUCCACCCUCACCAAGGCUGAACGCCAGCUCAAGGACAAGUUUGAUGGGCGACCCACCAAGCCACCUCCGAACAGCUACUCGCUGUACUGCGCAGAGCUCAUGGCCAACAUGAAGGACGUGCCCAGCACAGAGCGCAUGGUGCUGUGCAGCCAGCAGUGGAAGCUGCUGUCCCAGAAGGAGAAGGAUGCCUAUCACAAGAAGUGUGACCAGAAAAAGAAAGAUUACGAGGUGGAGCUGCUCCGUUUCCUCGAGAGCCUGCCUGAGGAGGAGCAGCAGCGGGUCCUGGGGGAGGAGAAGAUGCUGAACAUCAACAAGAAGCCAGCCACCAGCCCCGCCUCCAAGAAGCCAGCCCAGGAAGGGGGCAAGGGCGGCUCCGAGAAGCCCAAGCGGCCCGUUUCGGCCAUGUUCAUCUUCUCCGAGGAGAAGCGGCGGCAGCUGCAGGAGGAGCGGCCUGAGCUCUCGGAGAGCGAACUGACCCGCCUGCUGGCCCGAAUGUGGAACGACCUGUCUGAGAAGAAGAAGGCCAAGUACAAGGCCCGGGAGGCGGCACUCAAGGCACAGUCGGAGAGGAAGCCUGGUGGGGAGCGUGAGGAACGGAGCAAGCUGCCUGAGUCCCCCAAGAGAGCCGAAGAGAUCUGGCAACAGAGCGUCAUUGGCGACUACCUGGCCCGCUUCAAGAAUGACCGGGUGAAGGCCUUGAAAGCCAUGGAAAUGACCUGGAAUAACAUGGAGAAGAAGGAGAAACUGAUGUGGAUUAAGAAGGCAGCCGAAGACCAAAAGCGAUACGAGAGAGAGCUGAGUGAGAUGCGGGCACCUCCAGCUGCUACAAAUUCUUCCAAGAAAAUGAAAUUCCAGGGAGAACCCAAGAAGCCUCCCAUGAACGGUUACCAGAAGUUUUCCCAGGAGCUGCUGUCCAAUGGGGAGCUGAACCACCUGCCACUGAAGGAACGCAUGGUAGAGAUCGGCAGCCGCUGGCAGCGUAUUUCACAGAGCCAGAAGGAGCACUACAAAAAGCUAGCCGAGGAGCAGCAAAAGCAGUACAAGGUGCACCUGGACCUCUGGGUCAAGAGCCUGUCCCCCCAGGACCGUGCAGCAUAUAAAGAGUACAUCUCCAAUAAACGUAAGAGUAUGACCAAGCUGCGAGGCCCAAACCCCAAAUCCAGCCGGACUACUCUACAGUCCAAAUCAGAGUCCGAGGAGGAUGAUGAAGAGGAUGAGGAUGAUGAGGAUGAGGAUGAAGAAGAGGAAGAUGAUGAUAAUGGGGACUCCUCUGAAGAUGGUGGCGACUCCUCCGAGUCCAGCAGCGAAGACGAGAGCGAGGAUGGGGACGAGAAUGAGGAGGAUGACGAGGACGAAGAUGACGACGAGGAUGAUGACGAGGAUGAAGACAAUGAGUCCGAGGGCAGCAGCUCCAGCUCCUCCUCCUCAGGAGACUCCUCAGACUCUGACUCCAACUGAGGCUCAGCCCCACCCCAGGGCAGCCAGGGAGAGCCCCGGAGCUCCCCUCCCCAACUGACCACCUUUGUUUCUCCCCCAUGUACUGUCCCCUGCCCCCUGGCCUCCCCCACUUUCUUUCUUUCUUUUUAAAAAAAAAAAAUACGGUGGGGGUAGGGGGCUGGAGGAGCCCAGGCCGGGACUCUGCAGCCUCAGAGACAUCAGCCCUCGGGGGUCCUCCUCCAGGGACAGCAACCAUCAGACUAAGCCAGCACUGGCCUGGCCCAGCCCACCCCACCCACUUCUGCACUUGCGGUUCCGGCAUGGACAAUGGACCGGAGAGUGGGGGUGGGGGGUCCCAAAGAGUUUGAUGAGGCCCUCCACACCUGCAGCCCAACCCAAGGUGGGGUGGAAGCUUGAGGAGGACCCAUUCCUUCCCAGAGGGGCCUGCCGCCUGGACCUCUGCAUUGGAACUGGAGGCAGGGAACGUGGGGAGAGGACGGCUGGUGCCUUUGAGAAAACAGGCGCUGCCCUGGUGGCCCUCUCCCCUGCCCCCACAGGAAGGAGCUGCCUGGACCCGCUCAUGGGGGAGGGGGCAGAAGUGUUUUUUAUAUAUGUGUAUAUAUUUUUUUUUAAGCUCUGAGCUGUCAACGAGACGUUUCCUACCGAUCUCGGCUGCCGUCUCUGUUGUCAUUUCUGGGAGAGGGAGGGUUUAGGGGGUAGGUUUGGAACUUUUUUAAAAUGGUCUUGAUGUGUAUGUGUGUGGGGGAGAGAGAGAGAGAGUGUGUGUGUGUGUGUGUGUGUGUGUGUUCCUGUACAUAGCAUGGGUGCAGCUGUGGAUGUGCGAGAGAGUGUAUGUUUGUGUGUAUAAGGGGGUCUGUCCUAGAGCCCACCUCCGUUUGUUGUGAAUCUGGAAAAAGGGUCAGUGAGGGCCGGGAGAUGUUGACCCUGGUGAGAGCAGGCUGAGGCUGCCCUGUUCACAUACUCUGUUUUGCCCAGUCUCUGAUUCCAUUAGGGGGAGUGUGCUCAGAUGCUUCCCAGACCAGGCGCCCUCUGCCAGGGUCACACGCAUCCGAGUUGCUGGUAUCCAUUGUCCAGCAGGAAGGCGGAAAGGUGGGCAAGAUGGUGUGAAGCUUAAAGCUUGUAUUUGGUCAUCUGAGGGGCCAAGCCUGGCCACCCUAGGCUCAGAACCUGGGCAUCAAGAAAUGUGCUGGGAGCUCUUAACUUACACAUCCCUCCAGCCUUCCUCAAAUCCUCCCACCACCCCCUAUUUCCUUUCAUUUCUCAGGUCUGCUCCCUCCUCCCCCAACCCCACAGCUGGGCAAGAAGUGUGCAAAAGCUGCUUCUGCAGCUAUCUCUAACCCUUCCCAGCCAUAUCCCAGAUUUUUUGGUACCUUGAUUCCUUGACUCUUAAUAAGCCAAGCCACCAUAUCUCUGUAGAUCUAAUUUUUUUGAUUGACUAUAUUGCGGGGGGGGGUUCUUUUUUUUAUGAUCAUGUCAAUGACCUAUUAAAUUGGGGCUUGGUGCUUUUCCACCGUCCCCUCUAAAUGAAAGCCAAGGAAUGGGGGAAGAAUGGGAACUUUGCCGAGGAGGUGGGGCAGGAACGGCGAAGGAAAGGAGAGGCGGGUGGGUCCCUCUCCCAAAGGCAGGCAGACAAUCUCUGCUUUGCCUUGGACCUUGGUGCUGGGGGUGGGGAGGCCUGGGGGGGACACUCCCCACUCCCAUUCCCCUUUAUCCUAAUCCUGGAAUUAAGUACAGGGGUUUAUAGGUUCUAUUUCUUCCCAAGAGCCCUGCAAAGAACCCCAGUUUCUUAUUUAGAUGCUCCUACACUGUUGUGUUUCAGUGGAAUGUAUUUUCAUUUAAAAACAACUUUGGGGCACUUUUUCUUUCCUGUUUUAAAAAUUGAAAAAUUCUUACAGUACAAACAGGGCUGUCAGGGUGGGGGUGUUGGUGCUGUAAGAGGUCACUCUUGAGUGCAUUUUGGCACUGGGAUGGGAUGGCUGGGGUGGGAAGAUCCCCGUCCCCCCCCUCCACUUUUUUUCUAAUAUUUAAGGAGUGUUUUGUAGGUUUCAACAACAACCACAACUUGAAUUUGUAUCAUGGGAGGUGGGAGGGAAUGGCUUAGAAGUGUCUGCCUAUGCUUAAGGCCAACUGUGGAAGUUUUGUUUUCCCUUUUUUGUAUAAUAAAGUAAAAAACAAAGGUU